UUUGAUUUAGAUUUUUAUUGCACGUUCACGCAGGCUGGGCAUGAAGACACGCGAGCCGAAAUACACAAUAAUUUACACGAUUCGCUUCUAAUUCGAAAGAAAACCAUGUCCUUCGAUUGGCUUACGCAAUACCUAACGUUCGAAAACGUUUGCUUGGGUGUCAACCUUGUCACGCUCAGUGUAAUCUAUAAGGCGUACCGGUCUAAAGUGACGAAUUUCGAGGCGGUACAGACAGCCCGUCAGUUGGACAUCGACAAUAACUUAGCAUCAAAGUUGCUCGAAGAGUAUCCCAAUGCCACUGUUGUGCACGCGCUCGUCAGAGGCCAAGUCAAGGCCAUUGGUGAAAAGAUCAAGAGCAGGCACCUGCGCGGUGCCAAGGCAGUCAUCCAGGAAUGCUGCCUCACAGAGCACAAGAUCCAAUGGAGCCCCGUGUCCCGCUUCUGGUCACAGACUCAACGAGAGAUACACCGUAUCAUCAACUACGUGCCGUUCGCCCUUACCUCAAAACACAGCAACGUGAUGGUCGAAGUGCUAGACCCCCAGGAGUGUGAGAAUAUUCCAGUAAACUGUGUCUACGAGAACUUCAUCCCGAAUCGAGAAGGCCUGAGUGGCGUUUUCUUUGGCUGGCUGCGUGGAGAACAGACCAAGGGCAUCGAAGAGCAAGAAUUCCUUCUCGAAGAAGGCACCACUCUAACUGCAUUUGGCACAUUGACAGUCAUGAACGAUGGUUCUGUCAAGCUGAUGCCACCAGCUGAUGGUGUCUCUUACUAUCUUACGCAGCUAAGUCAUCCAGCUCUCGUGUCCAAGCUGCGUUCAGAACUCAGUGUACUGCGUGUGGUCAGCUUCGUCCUUGGCUGUACGGCUCUAGGUUUGUCAUGCUACCUGGUGUUCACGUGGUGGAAAGCAAGGCAGGCAUUGGCUCAGCAAAAGAAGGACUCGAUGCGCCGUGAAGAGGCACGGAAGGAAAGACGGAAGCUCAAUCGUGAAACGUCUUCAGAGGUCCCGUGUUGCGUCAUCUGCCGCACAAACCCCGUAGAAGUGAUGAUCCUAGAGUGUGGACAUGUGUGUCUGUGCACUGACUGCUCGGAGUUGGUUUCUGGAAACUGCCCCAUGUGUCGCUCGCCCAUCAAGCGAAUUGUAGCGGCGUUUCUUCCUUGAUCCAGAGGCUGCAGUGGACGUGCUUUUCGAUAUGUUAUAAAUGGCAUGUCCUGCUCUUCAAUGUGUAGGUCAUAAACAAUGACGGACACUGCAAAGUUUUUACUGUGGAAUUUGAUAGGCAGUUUGUUCAGGAAUGUGCUUAGGAAAGUGUGGCUGAAAAAAAAAAGGGGCACAUGGAGAACAAAUUUAUUACUGCAUAAUAAUUGUUUUUGUAUUUAAAGUAAUGUUACAUGCUUGGUCAUGCAUUUUGUUCUUGUUUAGACUGGUCUGUUGUUUGAGAGUACUCGAGUUAAGCAAUUAGCUUGUCGCGUGUAAUAAAAGCUGCCUACUGUUCAGCAAUAAAAAGACGUUUUAAUGUAACUGUAUCAUAAAUAAAGUUUAUGUACAGUUCAAUGGACAACUGAA